AUGACAAUAUUAGUUUUACUUUGGGUACCCUACAUAGUCUUUUGUUAAUUUAAGAAUAAUUUAAAAUGUUACUAUGAAUAUGAUGACAAAUAAUUAGAAUUAGACACUUCAAAACCAUAAAUAAAGAUGAUUGAAAUUUAGGCUUUAGCAACCGAUGGUCAUACAAAUGGCUUUGGAUUUUGGUCAAAAUAUAUUGCUUACAUAGAUAUAAAUAUAGAAAAUACUUUUUAUAAACCUUUUGAUGAUCCAAUUUGUUAAACAGAAGUAUGUAAAUUUAAUGGAUUCUAUUUUCUAAAAUUACUUGAUGAAAAUUAAUUGAAUUUUGCUGCAAUAAUUUUAAAUAUGAAUGAUAAUCCAAUAAGUUUAACACAUGAAAUUUAUUUAUUUGAUCAAAAUUCAGAGAUCAUUAAUCAUGCUUCAAUAAAUUUUGAAGCAAGUUAAUAUGAAGCAAUUUGGUAUUAUACAUCAAUUCUUUAUUCAUCAAAUGAUCAGAAUCUUAGAUUUUUUACUAAUUACAAUAAUUAAUUGGUUACAUUCUAAUAUUAGAUUAUGACAGAAAAAAUUACAAUAAUUUUAGGUGGGUAUAAGAAUGAUCUUUCAUAAAAUUUUGUUAAUGAUUAGGGCCCUUUACUAUAUUUUAAAGGACAUUUUUCUCCAAUUUAAGAAUAUGUUAGUUUUUUAUAUAAUGAAUAAGCAUUUAAUAUUUUUUUUUCUUAAUGCCCUUUUUAGAUUUAAAAAACAAUUUAAGAUAAAAGUGAUAUAUUAAGAUAAUUUGAUAGUUCAAGCUUUGAAAAUGAUUUGGAGCUUUCAUUUUUUUUAUUCCCAACAAAAAACUCAAGAUAUACAAUCUAAUGCUGGAUUAAAUAAAAUUAUAUUAAAGUAUAAAAUAAUAUAUUUGGUAGGCUUUUGAGUAUUAUUUGAAAAAUUAAGAAGUAGCAUAUUAUUAAUUAGAGCAAUCAGCUUUUUCAUUGACAUAACCAUACAUGAUAGAUUUAGGAAUAAAAGGAGAGCAACUUUUGGACUUUUAUUAUUCAGUAUUUAAUAAUUAAAAGAUAGAUUGACUUUUAAAAUAAUAAUUAAACUGUUAUACAUUUUAAAGCUGAAUUCAUUAAAAUUCCUUUAGCUAUUCCGUAAUACUAGGAUGAAGAAUAAAAUCAAUAUAAUACUUUAGCAAUUACAAAAGAUUACUUAUAUGAUAAAACUUAGCAAUGGCAUUUUGUAGUAAUUGAUUAAGGAAGAAACGCAGUUAAUGGAGCAAAAAUGUAAAUUCGUUUUUAUUUUGUUAAUGAAUAACCAUUAAUUUAUUAUUUAGGAACAUAAAAUUAAAACUCUUAAUUUUCAGGAUCUGUAAUUUAAUGUACCUUGUUAUUUAGAGAAAUGAUCAGCAUGCCAAAAAGCAAAACUUUAUUUGGCAGCUUUGUUAUAAUUACUGGACAAUAAGAAGAUAAUAAUGAUGGAUAUUGUAUUUAAACUAUAAAUUAAUUAUAGAAUGUGAUUCAAGUUGUAAGGAUUGUAAUGGUCCAACAAGAUAUCAUUGUAUUUCUUGUUAAACAGAAUUAAAUUAUUUUUUAACCUAAUUUAAUUCAUGUGAAUGCUUAUAUCUGAAUGAAUACAAUGAGAAAACUUAAAAGUGUGACCCUAUUGAAAUCUCUUAAAACUUUAUAAUUACAAAGGAAGACUUAAUUGAAUAAAAUUGUUAAUUUGGAUAUUUUUUAGUUUUAUUUAAGAAUUAAUACUUUUGCAUUUAAUGGUAUUUAAUAUUAUCAAUAAUUUUAAGUCCUUAAUAUCAUGAAACUGGUAUAUUUUGUGGAAACUGUUUUCAUGAAUCAUUUACUUGGUAUAUAAAGCCUAUUUGUACUUUUGAUUAUUUAUAGGAAUAAAGUACAUAUGCUUACAUUAAAUACUAAAGAUCAAGUAUUGAUGUAGAUAUUUAUUAUAUUGAUAAUGAAAUGGAACUUUAAUUACUAGAAGGAGCAUCUGAAUUUUGUGAACCUACUUAACUUGGAUGUUAAUUUAGCAUGAAAUUUCAUUUAGGAACAUAAAUAAGAAUGAAAUGUAAAACCAAUAGAUAUUAUGAUUCCUAUUAAUGUUAAACAUGUGUUCGAUUAUGCAUCAUUUGUUAAUCUAAAGAUAUUUGUUUAAAUUGCAUAGAAAAUCAUUAUUUUAAUUAUUAGUCUAAAAUUUGUUAACCAUGUCCAAAAGAAUGUAAAACAUGCUAGAAUGCUCCUGAAAAUGAUUUUGGAUAUAAAUGUUUGACAUGUCAAGAGUAAUUUUGUUAAAUAAUAUAGAUAAUACACUUUAAAUCAUUAAGGAUAAUGCAAACAAUGUGGAAUCUAUUGUUAAUAUUGUUAAGAAGACUUAAAUAUUAAAACAUAAGAGUAUUUUAUAAGAUGUUUAAAAUGUAUCGAUACUAAGAUCAUGUCAAUUAGAUUUAAUGGAAUUGAUUGUAAAAUUGUUAUUAUUCCUAAUUGUUAAUAUGGGUUUUUAGUGUCUAAAAGUGAUUAUUUUGGAUACAAUGCUUUUGAUUAUAACUUUUAACCUUCUAAUGAUUUAUCAGAUGAAAAAUCAAUAUGUGCUUUAUGUUAAGAUAAAUUAUCAUAUUAAUUUGACAUAGAUAUAUGCAUUGAUCAUUAAGAAUACAUGAGUUGCUAUAUCGGACUUAUUAGUAAUUUUAUUUUAGAAGGAGUUGAUUAUGGAGUCUUACCAACUUGCUUGAUUUCAAAUUAACACUAAGCAAUUACAGUUAUAGGAGAUCUAUGCACAAAUUCAUAAACAAAUUGCUAUUGGUGUUACACUAAAAAAAUUAAGAGCAAUGCUUAUUGCCUUUAAUGCCUCUAAGGAUAUUAUUCCUCUAGAUUAACUGGAUAAUGUUAAUUAUGUCCUGAAAACCUACAUUGUAAAACCUGUUAUCAUUCUACAAUUGGAUAUAAUGAUGAAUGGAAAAAAAACAUAGUCUUGUUUAUCAAUUUUCUCAGAAUUUAAACUAAUGUUUCAUAUUUUGUAAAAAUAAAUAUCUAUAUAUAUUUUAUAGUUUUGGAAUCAAGAUUAAAGUCAAAAUUUAGAUGACUAUGAAAUCAUUUGUACUUCAUGCUAUUUUGGGUAUGUUUUAAAGAAUAAUAAAUGCAUUAAAUAUUGUGAUUAAAGUUGUUAAAGCUGUGUUUUUAUAGAUGACUAAUAUAUAUGUUAAUUUUGUAGUCAAAAUAUUUAUCAUAAUUUAUUAAGUUUAGUUGAUAAUUAAUGUUCAAUAUGUCCUAGCUAUUGUUUACUUUGUAGAUAAAGAACAGAAAAUGAAAUUAAAAUCUUGAAUUCAUUAUUUGUUUAAAAUUAGAAAAAUAGAAUUUAUACCUAUUAAUGUCUUAAACCUUUUCAAAAUCAGGAAACUUUAUCUUAUGAUACUAUUUUUGGAUAAUUUAUACCAUGUUAAAAUUCUUAGAUUUGCUAAAAUGUAGUGAAUUAUGAAUUGAAUUUAUACUGUUCAGAAUAAGAUUACUAAACCUAGUUCUAAUUGAUUGAAGAUCCAGAUCUAAAAAAUAGUUUUAAAAAGAAAAAUGUAUUGUUUUCAGAAUUACUCUAAUAAAAUCAACAAGGAAACAGCUUUUCCAUAGUAAAAUUAUUAAAUAUAUGUUUAGUUUGAAGAUGAUGCUAUCUAUGAUAUUAUGAACAGGAAGAAUAUUAAAAAAAUCCAAUUGAUUCUUAAAUCAAACAUUGAUUAAGUUUGUUCAAUUCCAUAAUUAAGUUACAUAACUUAAUCCUUCUCUAAAAAUGUAUUUUCAGCAAUGUAAACUCUUAAAUUAUAUAUAGUGAUAUUCAAUUAAUAAUGAAGUCUGUUAUUGAAACAGAAUUGAAAGUUAUAAUUUAUGAAGAACUACAAUUUAUCGAUUUUACAUUGUUACGUUUUGAAAAUGUAGAAUUUAUAAUAUAAUCAAAUAUUUAUCAUAAGAAAGUUAAUGCAUAGAGUUUUAAAGAAAUAGAGAUGCAAUUAUAGAAAGUUGUAGUCUCUACAACUUCAUUAGAAGUAUCUACUUUUAUUAGUUUUUAAUUUUUCCAAUUAAAUAAAAUUAGUUUUAACUAGGUCAUUAUAAAAAAUUUAAAUAUGAAUAAUAACAGAUAAAAAAGCUUUUUUUAAUUUGAAUUCUAAUCAAAAUAGAAAAUUUCUAUCCAAAUAGAAGAUUUUUCAAUAUUAAAUAGCAUUAUUGAAAAUACAAAUAUCUUAGAAUUCAAGUCCAUCUAUAUUUAAUCAGUAAGUUUUAAUUAAAUCAAAAUUAAUUCUAAUUUUAGAAAUACUUCUUUAAUUAGUUUGAUCAAUGAUAAUGUGCUAGAAUAAAUAAAAGUCACGAAUUUUACUCAAUAAGGGAAAUUGUAAGACUCAGAACCUUUUUUUUUAUUAGAUUAUGCUUUAUAAACGAUAAUUGAAAAAAUAGAUUUAAAAAAUUUAGAUAUUAUUGAUUCAACAUUCUUACAACUUGAAAGAUCUGGUUAGAUUAAUUAUUUUUCUAUAUAUAAUUGUUUUUCACAUGGAUAAGCCUCUUUCAUAAAUAACAAUCGAGAAAAUUAAUUAGCAAAAUAAAUCUCCUUGACAUAUAAAAUCAAUAAUUUAGAUGUUAAGAAUCUCAUAUCAAGUUCUAACUCUUAAGUAUUAUAUUUCUAGGCCUUUAAUUCCAUAACAUCUGAAAUUAUAAUUAAAAAUAUAGCUUUUGAAUAGAUUAUUAUUAAUGAAGAAGAGACAAUUUUAAAUUAAUAAUUAACAUACUUAAUUUAUAUUUAAUUAUAAAAUGCCAUAAUAUAAUCUUGUAACAUUAUUAGAGGUUUAGGCAUAUCAGAAUUCAUAUUUGUAAAUUUGUAAUCGCUCUAAAUUACAGAUUUGUAGGCUACAUAGCCUCAAAUUCUUUUAUUACAUUAGUACUAUGAUUGCUCAAACAUAUUUUAAUCAAACACUAAAUAUCCAAAUUUAAUUAAGCUUUUUGAUGUUAAAAAUGUCAAAUUUGAGGAUUUUAAAAUUACUAGAUUAAAUUUUGUUAAUUCAGCUUUAAUUUCUUAUACAAAAUAAUAGAAAACUUCGUCCUCAAAUAGAGAUAAUUUUGAAAUAAAAGAUUUUCUUAUAAAAAAUAAUAUUAUAAUCACUUCAUAAAAAGAUGCUAGUGCUUCUCUAAUAUCUAUUAUAUCUAAUUAAAUGAUUUAUGUAGAAUUUAAAUAUGUGGAAUUUAAUAAUAAUUGGUUGCAUAAUUAUUAACAAAAUCUUUUAAAAGCUUCAGCUGUUGCCUUAUUAAUUAAUAGCCCCUCUGGAAUAAUUAAAAUAAAAUAAAGCAAAGUUUAUAAUAAUUUUGCCACUAAUACAACAGAGAGUGUGAUAAACAUAAUUUCUGAAUAGAUAAUAUUUGAUAAUAUUUAAUUUAUAAAUAAUUCAAACUAGAAUGUUUAACGCCUACUUUUGAAUAUUGAUUGGCAAUUUCCCUAAAAUAUGGAAAUAAAUGAAAAUAAUUUAAAAUCUAUAUUCUAAUACAAAAAUGCAUAUGGAAACUCUUAUCUUGAAGCAGAUCUUGUUGUUAUUUAAAAUAGCUAGAUAUAAAACUCAUAAGGACUUAAUGGUGUUGGACUUUAUAUAAAUGCAUAAAUAGUGAAAUUAAUUAAUUUACAAUUCCUAAAUUUAACCACCUUUUUUAAAUAUAAUGAAGAAAAUGGAGGAUGUAUUUUUAUUAAAAUUCCUAUAAGUGGAUGCAAAAUAGAAAUCCAAAAUAUUAUUGCUUAAAAUAUUAUUACUAAAGAUUAUGGUAGCUUUUUGUUUAUUUAGUCUAAUCAUGAUAAAUUAAACUUGACAAUUAAUAAUUUGACUUUAACAGAAUGUAUCUCUAAAAAAGGGUCAGCGUUCUAUGCAGCCUUUUAGAAAAAUUCAUUGUAAAACUUAAUUAGACUUAAAAAUAUAAUAAUAAAAAAUCAGUAAGUUGCACUUUUAAAUUAUUUGAAAUAAAUUUUAAAUAAUUAAAUAGUAUUAUUAGAUUUAAAUAAUCGAGUAUUGAUUUAUGUUGAAAAUGCAGUGCUCUUCUUAGAAGACAUAUUAAUUGAAAAAAUAUUUAGAGAAUCAUUUUUAGAAAGUUUAGAUUAGGGUAAUAUUACAAUAAAUCAAAUUACUAUUACUGAUGGAACUCCUACAAGAAAGAAUACUAUUUUAAUUUAACCCAGAGAAGGUAAAUUUUUAAUUUUUCAAAUUAGAUUUAUCGACGACUAUUUUAAUCAUGGGAGUUUAAUUUAAAAAUUUUAAAUAAUAUGAAGAUGAAAUAUAAGAAAUAUGUGAAAUUUAAUAGAUUACUUAUAAAAUUAAUAAUAUGUAAUGCAGUUCAAAAGCUAAUUCAAAUGUAAAAUAAUUAAUAUUGGAUGAUUAAAAAGAUUAAGAAGAGUAGAUUAAAUGUUUAUAUUAAAAAAUACAAUUUACAAAUAUUACUAACUAAUAAUCUGUGAUUGCUAUAACUUCAAUAAAAAGUAAUGAUUUGAUUGUAAUGAUUGGCAUUCACCUCUACAAUAAUGAUUAUUCAAAAUCAGUCUGUGGACUCAUUUAUCUUUAAAUAAAUAAAAAACCUUUUGUAACUUUCUCAAUAGUAAUUUAAGAUCUAAUGAUUAAUAAUAACUUUUGUGGGAAAGCAGGAUGUCUCUAUAUAAAUUCUGAUGUAUUUGAUUAAACAUCAACACUUUAAACAUAAAAUAGGCUGCUCACAUCAAAUCCUGAAUAGAAUUUGUAAAUAUUAAAUCAUGACUUAACUAUUUAAAAUUAUUAAUGUUUUGAAAAUGUUGCAGAUUUUGGAACUUGCUUAUUUUCUAAUCAAACUAAUUUAAUCAUAUUAAAUUCAAUAUUUUUUAAUAAUCAAGCUAUAGUUAUUGGUGGAGCUAUGUACUUUUGUGGAAAUUAAUCGUUUUAAUUUAUAGUAAAUUGUAAUGUUUUUAAUAACAGUGCAUAUAUAGCUGGAGCUAUUUAUUUUUAAGAUAGUCUUAGAUAAGAUAUAAAAAAAUUUAAUUCUUUAGUAAUUGAUAAUCAAGCGUCAUAUUUUGGGUAAAAUAUUGUCUAAACCCCAACUCAUUUAUCAAUUACUUUAAACAAUUAUCGAUAUAUCUACGAUACAUUUAUAGUUGAAAAAACUAUUUAUAAUCUGGUAGAAUCUAUUAAUAACACAGAGGUUUAUUAGUAGAAUGUGAUAUUUUUACCAAGUGGAACUCCAAUUAAGCAAUACAAGAAAUUUAAUAAAAAUACAGAAUUGUUAGAAUCUUAAAAUUUAACUUUUAGGAUAGUAGCUUUAGAUGAUUAAAAUUUCAAAUUAAAUAAUUUGACUAAUUCAAAGUGCUUCCUUGAAGCUUUCAUAUUUGAUAUCGAAAAAAAUAAAGUUUAGGAAAAUUAAGAUUAAAAAUUAUUGAGUUAAAAAACUGUUUCUUUUGAUUCAAACACUAAUGAUUAUAAUUUAGAUGAUUUGAUAAUCUAUUUUGAUAGUGAAAAUACGAAUAAAACAUAUUUAUAAUUAGUAAUAACAUGUACAAGUAUUUAAAUACCUCAAUAUGAUGAAAAUAAUGUAAUAAUUUAGUCUUUUCAUAACAAUUAUAAAUUAUUUGUAAAUAUAAAUACUUUUAAAUGUCGAGUGGGAGAAAUAAAAUCACUUUAAGACUAUUCUUGCCAUGAAUGUGAUCCUACCUUAGAUUAAUAUUCAAAUCAACUUAAUUUAAAUAAAUGUUACAUAAGAGAUGAAUAAUCUACAAUAAAUGUUACAUCUUUUGGAUUAAAUUUACGUUUAGUAAUAAAAAAAUAUAAUUUAAUUAGGGAUUUUGGAGACCUUAUUUUGAUAACAAUUUUAUAGAAGAAUGUUAAAAUUUGAAAGAGAAUUGUUUAGGAGAAUGGAAUUAUGGAGAUAGCUCUUGUUAUAUGGGUCAUAUAGGGGCUCUGUGUGAGCAAUGUGAUAUUAAAAAUAUCAGAGGAAAUGGAUACUUCUCAUAAUCUUAAUAGUAUUCCUGUGGAUCAUGUGAGAAUAUUAAUUAUAAUGCAGCAUAAAUUAUGGGAUUCAGUAUUUGGUAAUUUAUUAUUAAUAUUAAGGUCUCUCAUUACUAUUAUUUUAAGUGUUAAAGGAGCUAACUCUGCUUAAAACUAAUAAUUUUAAUUCUCCAAUAUAAUAAAAUCUGCUUAUUCAAUUGAAUCACCUUACUUAAUAAAGAUUUUAACUAAUUAUUUACAAAUCAUCAGUUCAUUGACCACUUUCAAGUUAAGUUUGCCAGUUAAUUUUUUUAAUUUUUUAAAUGGUGUAGGAAAUCCAAUUCAACACAUAUCUUAUUCUAUGGAUUGCUUUUUAAGUAAAAUAUAUAGAUAUUAAAUAGUUGAGAUGUCAGAUUUAGAUAUUCAUUAUAUAAGAUUGAUCUGGCAAUUAUUGCUGCCUUGUGUUUAUUUUACCAUUCUUUCUAUCAUUUAUUCAAUGUUAAUCUAUACUGAAUAUGUCAAGUAUAAAGGGCCAAUCGUAAUGACAGCUCUCAUCUAUAUGUAUAUUUAUUUUUAGCCAAGCAUUAUUGGAUCAUUUAUAGCUCUUAUUUCAACUAGAAGAAUAUCUGAUAUUCCUUGGAUACAAGCUAAUGUUGCAUUUAGAUUUGAUACAUCGAUACAUUUAAAAUGGGUUCUCUAUUUUUGUAUACCUUUUUUAUUUCUUUUUGGUAUUUUAAUACCACUCGGAAUGUUAUUGAGCUUAUUUUAAAUAAGAAACAAACUUAUUUAUAAAAGAGGUAAAAGUUUACUUGGCUAUUUAUACUAUGAGUAUAAGCCUAAAGCAUAUUUUUGGGAAAUAGUUAAAAUCAUCACUAAAGAAUUACUAAUAUUAGCUUUAAUUUAUUAUGAAGACUCUAUCAUUAUAAAAGGAUCUUUAAUCUAUUUUAUUCUUUUAAGUUAUUGGUCUUUGAAUCUAAAAUAUUAACCAUUUAUAUCAGCAAGAUUAAAUUAGCUAGAUUAUUAGACCACUAUUAUUUGUGAGGUUUCUAUUAUUAUUGGAAUUGCAUUGAAUAUGGGAUAUGAAGAACAAUUUUUUAAUCUUUCAAUUUUAUUCUUUUUUACACUACUAAUAAUUAAUAUAUUUAUUUUGACUAAACUACUAAUUUAUAUUUUUAAUGCUUAUAUGAAUGAAAUGGAAAAAACAGUUGAUUUAAUUAAAUCUAAAAUUCAUUAAAGUUUGCCACUAAGACUUAAAAUGAAUCAUUUUUGCUUAAGAAUAUUAAGACCAAGAAUUGAAAGCAGGUAAAGAGCAAAGCAAAAUUUUUAGAAAUUAAAAUUAGCUUUUAAAAAAUUUUAAGCAAAAAAAAAAUAAUCUGUUAAUGUUUUUUUAUAUAAUUCAUUAAAUUCUUAACAAACUUCUUAAAGAAUUAAGUAUAAGCAGUAUAAUAAUAUUUAGCACUUUUACAAAUAGAGAAAUUAAAUAAAGUUAAUUCCAUUUAUUAUCCUAAGUAAAAUCUCAGAGUCCAAGAGAUUGA